AUGGCCAUAGUCGCUUAUUGCAAAACAGCUGCACAAAUUCUGGAUGACGCUACCCAUGUUGUUUAUUACAAAUUCGACACAACACCCGGUCUAACCGCUGACAGUGGACCACUCUACAUCAACGGUACAAGCAACGGUGUUUCACUGGCAUCUUCACCAUCGAAAGCCAACCAGUCACUAUACUUUCCGAGCGGAACAAAUUAUUAUCAAUUUCAAGGGCUCACCUAUUUUAGCACUUCCGGUUGGCCAUACUCCAUCUCGCUUUGGAUAUAUCCUUUAUCGCAAUCCGGUGGCACGAUCGUUCAUGCCAGUGGUGGUUACGGCACAAAUGGAGUCGGUAACACCGGCUGGUGUUUACCAAUGUUGGGAUUUUCAUCUUCAGGUGUGCUCUAUGCACAGUCAACAAGCUCUACAUCGACGCUCAUUGUCUUGACGGGACCUACAGUGGCACUGAACAGCUGGACAUAUGUUGCAAUAACAUAUUCCAGUACAAACGGUCUACGCCUGUAUAUCAAUAGUGUACUGCAAACUUCCAGUACAGCAGCAUUUACAUUUAUCUCAUCUGGAUCACCGAAUACAAUUACAUUGGGUAACGGGCUAACUGGUGCUACUAGUAGUUACUGUCCACAAGGAUCAAUAACAAGUGCACAGUAUCAAGGUUAUAUUGAUUCAUUUAAUCUGUAUUCAAGAGAACUGACCACAUCAUAUAUAUCAACAUUAUACACUACACCACAGCCUUGA